GUCGAUCGAAUACUUGCAACUUGAACGUCAAGGAAUAGCCAUUACCAAUGAUAUUAGACAUAUCAACACCAUUCCCGUCUCUCGAACCAAACACCCUGUACUCCUUCUCCCCGUACCCGCUUUUGCCGCGCAGACACCUCAAUCACGUUCUCUUGCACCCUCCUAACGAUCAACCUCAACCGCAACCCCAAGCUGGACCCAGCACAUCUUCCCUUCGUGGUGUGAAUUAUUGCAAAGAGAGAGAUGAGAUCAACAAAUUGAUGAGACGAGCUGAAAGACGAGCUUUGAUGGGUAAGAAUCCUGCAGGAAUGAUGCUGGGAAGAGAAGAUGAGGAAGUUGCAAUAGAAGAGGACGUAUUGGAGCACGAGCAGAUGAACGUAAACAUGUUUGGCCAUCGGUUCCUAUUACCCUUCGGGAGACGGCAGACACAGAUGGAAAUGGACUCUGCUCCCUCACCAUCUCCUUCAGAACCAGAUAAUGAGCAUCGCCAAGAAGACAACUCCAUGGCUAUUCCAGUGAACACUUUACCAGAUGAAGACGACGAUGAGGCGCGAGGUCAAGAUCUCGAUGCCAGUAUAGAGGAUAUGGAUGACACCGACGAAUAUGAUGAUUUCGGGGACGGUGCAGAGGGUGUGGAAGCCAGAGAUCUGGAUGGUGACAUGGAAGAUAUGGAUGAGGAAUAGUACUGUAUCAUCAACCAUUGUAUCUGCUACUGCCUCUACGUCUGCUUCACCUCAUAAACAAUCAUCGGCUGCGCCGUCAUCUAACGAUCCAUCUGCGUCUUCUGCGACCGC